GUAUUUUGUCUUCGUUUCUUCGUGUAUUUUAGGGAGCAGGUUAAGAGCACAGCCACGUUGUUAGAUUGUCACAGCGAGUAAUGAUUUCUGCGUCAUCUGGAAGGCUUCUUCUCAGUUUCCGCAAAUGGUACUACAACGCAGCCGGCUUCAACAAGAUCGGGCUCAUGCGUGACGACACGAUUUACGAGGACUCGGAUGUGAAGGAGGCCCUGCGGCGGCUGCCGGAGCCCGUGUACAACGACAGGAUGUUCCGCGUCAAGCGGGCGCUGGACCUGACCAUGAAGCAGGCCAUACUGCCCAAGCACCUGUGGACUAAAUAUGAGGAGGAUGUGAAUUACCUGGAGCCCUACCUGAAGGAGGUGAUCAGGGAGCGGAAGGAGAAGGAGGCGUGGCAGAAGAAGUGACGUCCCUCCUGGUUUGGCAUCGGUCUCCUCUUGUGAUAUUUAAAUAAAACGUGUAACCUGGUCCAGAGUCUGUAAUUAAUGAAUAAACUGUACAUUUAUGG